GUUCUUGCUUCUUCUUCCUCCUCCGGCGGCCGCAGCAUGCUCGUCGGCUGUUUGGCAAUUCCCACUAUUCGUGUGUGUAGCUCCGAUCCCGAGGCACUCACCGCCAUCGAAUUAUUCUUAUCACGUUGCUCGAUACGCCACCGGGAAUCUGGACCGGUGCGGGAUCCUAUUCUUCCACUAGAACCCAAGCUUCCAAUGGAUGGAAGUGGAACCUUUGCAUCAGCGCUAUUUAAGCAUCACCUCUGCACUAAUCCUUCUUCUCUCCUGCUCCAAGUGUUGCCUUAAUGGGUUGCUGUAACCUGCUGUUUGAGUUCCAAGUCUUCGAUCGUGAUCUAGAUGAUGAACACCAAGAAGAUUAAGCUGCACGACCACCACUUUGGGUCGCCGCUGUACGACCCCCAGAUGUUUCCGGCCACCGCUGCUGCCGGGCUCUCCUUCCACCCGGGGCUCGUGGGCUCCUUGCCGCAGCAGCAUGGCGGCGCCGGCGGCUGGCUGCAGGAGGAGUACAGCCCAACGCCGAGGACUGUCCUCGCGACGCAGGGCAGCUGCGUCGGCUCCGACCCCGCCGCGUUCUUCGCCGCCGAGCACCUGCUGGGCAUGGCGCGGUUCGACUGCACUCUCGGUUCGACGGCGCUCCCGGCGAUGACAGCGACCAAGACGGCGGCGCCGUUCGUCCGGUCGCCGGAGGCCGAGCAGCUGUACCGACCGCUCGACCCGCUGCUGCUCCGCGACGGCUCGGUGAGGACGUACUACGUCAGGCCGCAGCAGCGGGACGCCACGGAGGCACCUCCUCCACUCAAGCUGCCAUUGCAGCAGCAGCAAGAGCGAGGGCAUGGGCUGUACGGCAACGGUUCCACCGGCAGGCUGCUCGGCGGUGGCGAACCCAAAGCCCCCUCCUUUUCACCUCAUGCCACGGCGAACACGCUUAUCCAGGCGAUGGAGUCGCCGGGCAUGCAGAGCCCAAUUGAGAACACGCUGUCCAGGAGUUGCAGUAUCGGUGCACCGGCGAGCCACACCGGGAACGUCGUCGCCGCGGCCGGGCACGGCGCGCCGAGCAAGACGCGGAUCCGGUGGACGCAGGACCUUCACGAGCGGUUCGUCGAGUGCGUGAAUCAGCUCGGCGGCGCGGACAAGGCGACUCCCAAGGGGAUUCUGAAGCUGAUGAACUCUGAUGGCCUCACCAUCUACCACAUCAAGAGCCACCUUCAGAAAUACCGCAUAGCCAAGUACAUGCCAGCAUCGACAUCCUCCGAAGGGAAGCAGGAGAAAAGAGCCGCGGGAAAUGACGCGCAGAAUCUCGACCCCAGCACUGGAUCGCAAAUCACUGAAGCACUACGCGUCCAGGUCGACGUGCAGAGGCGCCUCCACGAGCAGCUCGAGAUCCAGAGGAAUCUGCAGAUGAGGAUCGAGGCGCAGGGCAAGAAGCUGCAGAAGAUGUUCGAGGAGCAGCUCAAGGCGAGUAGGACCGUGAUGGAGCCGCGGGAGGAGCUCCAGCUCCAGGACGCCGGCGGCAUCGGCGCCGCCGCCUUCCCCGGCGUCAGCGAGCAGGAGGGGGAGGACGCGUUUGACGACGUGCAGCUGCUGUCCGUGGCGAGCAGCGGCUACAACGAUGCCAGGUUCCCGUCGAAGAUAAGCUAGCCUGCCUCGUUCUGGCUCUGCCAGUUGCUAUGCUUUGUAAUAGUAGGAUUUAUUAGUAGCAAAUAUUGGUGUAGUUGUCCAUUAUGAUACGAACAAUGUUGGGAAGGAGUGCCUUUGUUUUCGCCAAAUCGAGCUGUGAACUUUUUUUUUGUUUUUUUAAAUAAAGUGUACCUGAGAGGAUCCUCGUCCUCCCGGAAGAUAAAUCCACGAUUAAAUUUCAGUUUGCGUGGCACUGCA